UCCUUCCUGUGAAGACUGCACUGACAUCAUGGAAUGUUGGCAGUAGAACCAAACAGUGCAAGAGAGAGGUCAUGUGAUCACAGGCACCAUGGUAACUGUUGUGAAGUCACGGGGACCAGAUGGGACAGCCUAACCGUCCUUGGAGUGUCAGUUGGCUUGGAGGUGGUAGAUAUAGCCUGUGGCCCAGGAGAAGAAAAUUCACACUGAAGCCAGAAAUUGAUUCUCAACCCGCAAUGGCCAAUAUUGUGGUGAAGACCAUAUGGCAGUCCAAGGAAAUUAAUGAAGCUGGAGACACCCCGACAGGAGUGGAGGGUCGGGCUCACAGCAGCAAGGAGCAGCUGGGAAAAUCUAGCAGCAUCAAGACCUUCCCUAAAAAGAAGAAAGCCGUCUCUUUCCAUGGUGUUGAGCCUCACUUGACUAGUGAAAGCCCCAACCUCCACUUGAAGCGUUCCUCAGCCUGCACCAACGUUUCACUCCUGAACCUGACUGAUGGGGAGCAUGAAGACUCCACUACCGAGAGCAAGCCCUCAGAUGAUGGGGGAUCCCCAGAGGGGGCAGCUGGGGAAAGAAAGGACCCUCCACUCCCUGUCAAGGCAAUAUGGUCUGAGGAUGACUAUGACAACCCCAUCCAACAGCAGGAAGUGAGCAAUAGCGGCCUCUUGCGAGUCAAGGACUCCAUCACCAGCCUCAAGGAGAGGACGUCCAAGGUCAACCGCCAUGUUCAGAACCUGCAGAAUGAGUACAAGGCACUGUGCGAAAACCUGGAGCAGCGCAGGCAGGAAGCUGAAGAUCUGGAGGAGUACUGCACUCAGCUCAAGGGUGAGUGCUCAGUGCUGUGCGAAAACCUGGACCAGCGCAGACAGGAGGCCAAAGACCUGGAGGAGUACUGCACUCAACUCAGGGAGAGGUGCCGAAAAGUUACAAAAUCUGUUGAGGAUGCUGAAGUUAAGACCAACUUGCUCAAGAAAAAUUCUGUGCUUCUGGAGGAGAAACUGUGUUUCUUACAGCGGCAAGUACAGGCGGAAGACCUCAGCCAGCAAGUGAAGCCAUUCCUGGAAGAUGUGUCCCAGCACCUCUCUGCAUUCAAGACCCCAGACACACUUGAAAAAUACCCUGCCAGCUGCUCCCGAUGUGCCAGCUAUAGUUUUGUGAACACUGAGAUGCUACGGCAGAUGGUUGAGAACGCGGUGGCCCCCAUCUUGGAGGAGCUAAAGCAGAGGACCCCACCCUUGGGCACGUGCCCCAGCUGCCAGCGUUUGCAGAAGAAGAUAAUGGAUCUGAAACAGUCAGCCUUGGAUACACACACAGGGGCAGAGGUUCUGAGUUCGAAUAUUCACCUGGCUCAGGAUGAAGCUUGGAGUGCCAAGAACCAUCUGGAGCGGGCAAGGAUCAAUCCAGAGGACAAGGCCUCGGGCCUGGAUUACCUUCUCAGCAAGCUGAGCUUCCUCCGUUCCCAACUGUCCCUGGUCUCCCAGGAGGGAGCGCUCCAACCGGAAGUCACCUCCAUGGCUGGGGCCCUCAUGAAGAAGAAUUCCUGCCCUGCUGAGUUAAAUCGUAACCCCAGUAAUGAGUAA